AUGAAUCCUUGUGUUUUUGUAAUUUUCUCACUUCUCUUGCUAGAUCUUGAAACUACAACUUCCAACCAAUUGGGAGGAGGAGAUGAAAAUGGUGUUAUUAUGAGAAAGUGUUCUGAUAUGGAGAGACGUGCUCUCCUUGAUUUCAAAGCUCGCCUCCAAGACCCUGAUGAAACUCUUUCUACAUGGAGAGCUGAAGAAGAAGAAUGUUGUAACUGGAGUGGAGUCACGUGCAACAACCAAACUGGUCGUGUCAUUGAGCUAAAUAUUAGCUCCGGUGGCCUUGAAGGUGAGAUAAGCAAUUAUUUGCUUAACUUAAGCUAUCUGACUCAUCUUGAUCUCUUCUCUAAUUCUUUUCAUGGAAUUAUUCCCACGUUCAUUGGUUCCAUGACUCGUUUAAGGUACCUUCACCUUGGUUCGAAUCAUUUGAAUGGAACCAUUCCCAGGUCUAUUGGUUGUUUGACAGAAUUAAGGGAGCUUUACCUUUCUGAUAACUCUCUUUAUGGAAUCAUCCCUCUAGAGUUUGGAAACCUCACAAACUUGCAAGUGCUUAAUCUUGGAUCCCUUGGAAAGUGUAGAGCUGGGAACCUAGAGUGGUUAUCUCAUCUUUCUCAUUUAGUGGCACUUGAAAUGGCUGGGAUUUCUCUAGCCAAACAAAAUUAUUGGGUGGAUGUGAUUGUGAGUCUCCGGAAACUAUCUUUUUUAAGCAUAGGGGGAUGUGAACUCUCACAGGUCAUGUAUCCAUAUUCUUCUUCAUUUCUCAACUCCUCUUCAUCUAUUCAAUCCCUUUAUCUUGGAAACAAUAGUCUCAACUCAUCCAUGUAUCGUUGGUUGUUCCCAUUAACCAGCAGUAAGCUUCGUUGUCUUGAUAUUUCUAGAAACAUGUUAGAUGGGAUACCCAAAUAUCUUGGUAACCUCUGUAAUUUGGAACGUUUGUAUUUCUAUAACAACUUCGCUGUUGUCAAAUUUCCUGAUUUUCUCAACAACUUGUCUGGAUGCACAUCUCUCACAUUACAAGGGUUGUAUGUUGGACAUAACCGAUUGAUAGGGACACUCUCCAAUGAGACCUUAAGAUUUAAAAAUCUUUCCAUUCUUGGUAUGAAAUCUUGCAAUCUAGGGCCUCACUUCCCCAGAUGGAUUCAAACUCUGAAAAAUAUUUCAUAUCUUGAUAUUGCCAAUAAUAGAAUUUCAGACACAAUUCCUCUAGGGUUUUGGGACAUGUGGCCUUCUCAAUUAACAUAUCUGAAUCUCUCUUCCAACAACAUCAGCGGGAAAGCACCAGAUUUGUCAUCAAAGAGUGGCUACAUUUCAAUGAUAGAUUUGAGUUCCAACAGAUUUUAUGGCCCAAUAACUAAUGUCUCUUCCACUCUGACAUCACUACAUCUUUCUAGAAACAAAUUCUAUGGUGGAAUCUCCUUCUUAUGCCAAAUUAACCAGGGGUUUUUAGUUAUUCUUGACCUCUCCCAUAAUUUUCUAAGCGGACAAAUUCCAGACUGUUUGUGGCAUUUCAAAGAACUAAAAAUUCUUAAUCUAGAGCACAACAAUCUAUCUGGAAGGCUUCCUACCUCUGUUGGAUCUUUGAUUAAACUUGAGUCAUUGGAUCUAUACAAGAACAAUUUCUCUGGAGAAUUGCCUGUGUCUUUAAAGAGUUGCACGAGCUUAAACUCAUUGAAUUUGGGGGCCAACAAGUUUUGUGGUAAUGUGCCUCUUUGGAUUGGGGAGAACUUACUGAAAUUGUAUGUUCUUAUCCUAAGAUCAAACAACUUCUUCAGAACCAUCCCUUUACAAUUAUGUCAACUUGAAGGUAUUCGAAUUCUAGACUUGUCAGUGAACAAUCUCCAUGGAACAAUCCCCUUGUGUUUGGGUAAUCUUACAAGCAUGAUUCAAGAAGGAUUUCUACCUACACAUAACGUGCAUUCCUAUUCAGUUAAAUUUUUUUAUUCUGGAGGUUAUCUCUAUGAUGAACGUGAUGAUAAGUAUAUUGACCAUGCAGUGAUUGAGUGGAAAGGAUAUGAACGUGAAUUCAUUAAAAAUCUGGGGUUGUUGAAGAGCAUUGACUUGUCAAGCAACAACUUAACAGGACAAAUCCCAUAUGAAGUUACCAAGCUCUAUGGACUGCGUGCACUCAACUUGUCACAGAAUGGUCUACAUGGAGAGAUUCCGGAAAAAAUUGGUCAACUGAAACAACUUGAAACAUUGGAUUUAUCUAGAAACAACUUGUCUGGAGAGAUGCCAUUAAGCAUGUCUAGUAUGAAUUUUUUAAAUCAGCUAGAUGUGUCAUAUAAUAGCUUGUCAGGGAGAAUUCCAUCCAGCACUCAACUGCAGUCUAUUGAUCCUUCAAGAUACAUUGGAAACCCGAGACUAUGUGGACCUCCCCUUACUAAAAAAUGUCAUGGAGAUGAUGAAUCAAAAGUACCACAUGUCAUUGGUGAGAGUGAGGAUGGUGGGGAAGACACGGAUGAAUUUUGGGGGUGGUUCUAUAUUGGUGGAGGCACUGGUUUUGCUACUGGAUUCUGGAUUGCAUGUGGUGCUCUACUUCUCAAUCGUCGUGGGAGACAUGCUUUUUUUCAUUUUUAUGAUAGAUGCAAAGAUUUGGUUUAUGUGAAGGUGAUGGUGUUCUUUGCAAAUCUGCAAAGGGUUGAACAUAGAUAG